CCGGAGGCUGGGAGGAAAGACAAACGAGAAGCAAUAACGAGGAGCUUCUCGUUAAAACAGGAACAUCCUUUAAAAAGCUGAGGAGUGGUGCGAGGUGGAGGUAACGAACUCAGAGUGAGAGUUAGCUGCUUGGCCAGAUUAGAUUAGAAAAGACAAAGAGUGUGUGUGUGUGUGUGUAUUUGUGUGUGUGUGUGUGUGUGAAAAUGAGAGACAGAGUGCAGCAAUUAGUCGUCUGACAUCCAGAGUUUCUCCUUCCAUUAGUCUGGAUGGGAGUGUUUAAUUAUAGCUGUGGCCCGUGGCUGUAAAACAUGGCUAACAUCAUGUUGUCUGUAAUAACAUUGUUCAACACAAACACACUUCGGCUCCCAUCUAAUUCCCAAAAAACUCCACAGUGAUCGUGUGAAAAUGCUGAGUCAGCAUGCAGGCUUUCCUGCCUCUUUGUUUUCCUCCAAAUGUUAAUCUGACAACUUCUGCACAUUUUUUACAUUUCAAAACCUUUGGCUCAUUCAGUUAACGGACGCCGUGAAGUUUGAUCUUAGUAACUUUUAUAUUUUGAAAUAUUUAACAUUAUUUACAAAUAUUUUUCCUAUAGAAAUAUAAUAAGAUCUCUUUAAUUCCUUCAUAUUAGUUUUCUAUAGAUUGUAAUUAACCGGUUUGCUGCUUUUAGCUUCUAGUCAACACUUCCGCUUCUAGCACAACUUCCAAUACUUCUAGGCAACCUAUGGCCACCUCUAGUCAACCUAUGGCCACCUCUAGUCAACCUUUGGCCACCUCUAGUCAACCUAUGGCCACCUCUAGCCAACCUUUGGCCACCUCUAGUCAACCUUUGGCCACCUCUAGCCAACAUUUGGCCACCUCUAGCCAACAUUUGGCCACCUCUAGCCAACAUUUGGCCACCUCUAGUCAACAUUUGGCCACCUCUAGUCAACCUUUGGCCACUUCUGGCCAACAUUUGGCCACCUCUAGUCAACUUUUGGCCACCUCUAGUCAACCUUUGGCCACCUCUAGUCAACCUUUGGCCACCUCUAGCCAACCUUUGGCCACCUCUAGCCAACCUUUGGCCACCUCUAGCCAACCUUUGGCCACCUCUGGUCAACCUUUGGCCACCUCUGGCCAACCUUUGGCCACCUCUAGUCAACCUUUGGCCACCUCUAGUCAACCUUUGGCCACCUCUAGCCAAGCUUUGACCACCUCUAGCCAACCUAUGACCCCCUCUAGUCAACCUUUGUUUCAACUCAGUUUCAGCUUCUUCAGUAAGUUUCAGCAGUCAUUCAGCUCUCAGCAGUUUCAGACAUUUUUCCUUUAAAUCUCAGAAGUAGGAUCAUAAAAUGAUUCUCGUUAUCUCAGCCUGCGGUCUAAUAAAUCAGAGAUUGAAGUUGCGUUGUGUUGGUUCAAUAUUGCCGGCACGGUCUAGACGUUUUACUGGUAAAUCACCGUUUUUUACAGCAGGUAUCAGAUAAUUCUGACAGCUGGUCAAUUGACAGACACCUCCACUGUCUUUCUGCUCUCUGCAAAUUGAAUUCACCUCAGUGC